AUGAGCGUGUUUUUUGGGGCCCAGGCCCGUGAUGAAGCGCAACAGCUUAUCGAGAAGAUAGCAGUCGGCCAUGGCUACAUUGAGAUGGCAAAGUUGGAUGCGAUGCCACCCGAUAUACGACGAGUAGUAGAGGAAGCUCUGAGGAACAAUUCCAAAUCUCAUACUGCCGCUGCAGACUUUGUACAAAGGUUAGCUGCAGGGAACAUCAAUGUCGUGUUCGAGUUGCUCCAGAAUGCAGACGACAAUCAAUACACCCGCGCAAAGGCCGCAUGCGCGAAUCCAGGUGUCCAGUUUAUCGUUACUCCAGAUAUGGUGAUCAUUGGCAGUAACGAGGAUGGCUUCACAGAGAGCAACGUCAAAGCUCUUUGCGAUUUUGGCAAGUCAACCAAGGCUGGCAUGUCCGGCUACAUUGGACAGCCAGACGUAGGUUUCAAGUCUGUUUUCACUAUCGCAUCCAAGGUCCAAAUAGAAUCCGGUCCUUUCUCAUUCUAUCUCCAGCAUGAGGACGGAGAUUCUGGCAUUGGAAUGGUGAGACCUCACUGGACCGAGCCACCUGUUCUUCCUGAUUAUGUGAGGGAACAUGAAGCAUAUGGUGGCCUCUUCGGAAACCGGACAAGGAUCAUUUUGUUUCUUAGGGAUCAGAACAGAGACAACCUGCGGAUUAGUUUCAUCAACCAGCUCUGGGAAACACCAGAAAGCGUGCUGCUAUUCAUGCGAAGCCUACGAUCACUGAAGAUUACGGUACUGGGUGAGGACAACAAAGUUCAGCGCUCGAAGGACGUACUUCUCGAUAGAGACUUAUUCGGUUCUGGGGCCCGAAUUACAACGACGAAAAAGCUCGGUCCAAGUCAGUUCAAGACAUGGAAUCGCUAUCUCGUCUACAAAUCAACGGCAACAGGUUUGCCUGCCAACCCAAACCGAAGGUCUACUCCAGACUCCUCAGCCAACACUUCUACAGCAGAAGUUGUACUUGCGUUCCCCGUUGAUGAGAGAGGCGAGCCAAUUGUCGAGAUUCAGAAAGCAUUUGCCUUCAUCCCAGUCUCAGAAAGUGGAUUGAGUUUUCCUGUUCACUCUGACUUCGUUACCGAUACGAAGAGACAGAAACUUGUUACUUUCUCAGACAGAAACAUUCAUCUCAAGAAGGCGGUUGCUGUCGUAGUUGUGACAGCAGUCCAAGACCUCUGCAAGAAGCCUGGCCUAGAACACAAAUGGAUGCGUUUCCUCCCACAAAUCACUCGAAACAGUAUAGAUCCGUUUUGGCUCGGAUUCGAUAACGUUUUACGAUCACAAAUCUCCGAAGUACCAAUUUUACGUCCAAGAAGCCAGAAGUUUGGUAGUGUCUCAAAAAUAGCCUUGCUCAAGCGUCUUUCCGCGGACCAGGUGGACCAGCAUGGUGCACCACUUUUGCCUGAUCUGGAACACGAGAUGUAUCUGUCUUCGGGUUACGAAUCCCAGGACCUUGACAUUCUCAGUCAGUAUGGAUUAACUUACAUGCCGAACUGGGCGAUCAUAUCGCGGUUGGAAGCUUUCACAAAGAGUGAUGAUUGGAGAACAAGAACUUUCGAGAAUCGAGAUGAAGAUUGGCAUUCUAGACUGGCACGUCUCAUUCUGAAGUUGUGGAAUGACACACAAAACGAUUGGAAGACUGCAAUUCGCACUAUGCAUCUUGUUCCAAUUGCCUCAAGAGACUUUAAACAGGUCACCAUGAAUGGAACAAAUCGCGUCUUUUAUGACCCCAUGAUCGAAGGCAUCUCCGUCCCGGAUGAUCUGGAUUUUCCGUUGAUCCUGCCAGCUGCGGCAGCGAAUCCAGAUUGCCGGAAACUUUACGAAGCAUUUGGUCCGCAGGUCCUCACCGUUCAACAAGUACGAGACAAGAUCAUAGCCAUGUAUCGAGAUCCUGCCGAGGUGGCAAAGCUGGACGUGGCCAAGUCGAGAAACCAUCUUGUGUUUCUCUACCGGAUUGAGCCGAAGGACUUCAUCAAUAAAGACGAGCAAGAGAUCAUGGUUGUCUUUGACCAAAAGUUUCGAAUCAAGCGCCCGAAGCAAGAGUAUGUCUACCUACCUGGCGAAGGCCCAUUGGCCCCAGGUAAACUUCUUAAUCCUCCAUUCCCCGACGGAGUUGAAGUCCCUGAUGUAUCUCUCCUCCACGCAGCCUACCUAGAGGAUCAACCAACCCCAUCAGCCGGUAACGAAAGAUCAUGGACCGAAUGGCUCUUUCACAUUAUCUACUGCGAGGAGAAGAUCCAACUGUUCUCCGUACGAAAUCCGCCUCCAGAAGCCGACAAGACUUACUCACUAGAGUAUCAAUUUCUCGUCAAGGCUUGGCCGGGGCUUACACUUCAAAGACUCAUGCUCAACUUUCAAAAACCAAAUGUUAAGAAGGAGUGGAUCGAAGAUAAGAAAGGAUCGGCUCUUAUGCGAAGAAUGGAGUUUCUCUGUACUGAUGGUGUGAGACACCCCUUGGAGGAGACUCUACUUCCGUUGACGAAACUGUUGGAGAGCUGUGAGAAAUGCUUUGCAUCAGUGGAUAGCAUGCCAUUCCUCAAGCUUGAUGAGCCGAUGAAGGAGGACGAUAUUCCUGCAUGGCUCGCCUUUGCAGAGCAUUCUGGGAUUGGGACUGAAGACGAUACUAAAUUCACUCUCGCGAUGCUGGGCUCUAUUUCCAAGGCUGUUACGGAGAUUACAGGCGAUAUUUCACAAGCUGUAGCUGGUUUGUAUCUUAAGCUCGAAUCGCAGGUUCCCGAUGGCUCUUUGAGUGCUAUCUUCGCGGUACAAACACAGAUCAGCAAGCCCUCAUGCCUGUGGACUGCACCUAAGGAUAUUAAUGUCUACAAUCCUAUGCGGUCUUUAUGGUUCCCUGUAAUGGAAAGAAUGGAGCCUGGAGAUCGCAAAAAACUGGAGGCCUUCUUUAGCAAAACCCUUGCGAUUCGAGACAUAACCCAACAUGACGUACUCAGCGAGCUUGGUCACUUAUCCCGUUCGUUGGAUCAAAAGAAAGAUUACUUGGUGGUGGUCAAAGAGCUUUACAAGGUUCUUCAGACACGGGCAGAGAAUCUCAACGAGAUCAACACGCUAAUCAUCAAGCAAACCUUCCGGGAAUCCUCCCUCAUUUAUUCACCUCGCCAAGUGACCAAGAAGUGGUACAAAGUCUCAGAAUGUGUCUGGUCUAGCGAAGGUGCAAGCCAGGAUGAGAUCAGUCUGGAAUCACUAUACCCCGAUCUUUCACCUCUUUUCGUCUCCUUUCUCGAUCUUCCUAGGAUGAGUGCUUCGCUUACCUAUCAGCGUCUCUUGGAUGUCGGAAACAGUGUCCAACCUAUUUCAGACAUCAAAAAGUUGCUUUGGUCACUACUCGAUAGCUUGACUGCAAACCAAGGAUCAUCAAGUGUCUUCGCGGAUAGAAUAAGGGUUUGCCGAGUCUUUCCGGUAAAGGGACCGUCUGGAGAAGUUCAGCCCAUGUCCGUAUUGGGAGAUUUCUGUAUAAAUGACCGACCUGUAUACGCGGCCGCAUUGAAGGACAAGGUCAAUUUUCUGGACUUUUCUGUCGAGGAAGUGCAUCGUCUUAAACCUGUCAUCGAGUGGUUGCGCUUGACUGAACGCUACCUCUCAAAGUCUGUAACGGAAAAGACAUCAGUUGAUGAAUCUCAACGCGUUGAAGAUAGGGCUCUCACCGAGGAUAUUGCUAGUAAAGCUGCUGCAUUUGCCAUGAUUGCCGCGCACUUCACAGAUGGUCUCCCUACGAUACGCAGCUACACCCUACGAGACACGAUCCGUAAGGUAGAAGUCUUCCGCCAUCCAGACAUCAAGUCCAGUCUCACUUGGUACCACGGCUUCAAAACUGUUACAGCACCGCUAGAACAGGGUGGGAUGCACUUCCAAUUGGCCCUGUUUGCCAGAUGGCAAUUCUACAUUCCGCGAGACGACGAAGACCGCGAUUUCUGUCUCACCACUCAGCUUCCUCGCCUGCUAGCCGCUCAACUCCUAGAAUGCCCAUUGCAUGGUGUCAAUCCCGAAGCGGUGAUGGUUACUGCCAGUGUCCUUCGAGUUAAACUCUCCAAUGUUGGACGUAUACUUCAGCAUCAUGGGAUAUCCGAGUUGAGCGUGGUGCCAAAUGAUACACCACAGCCCCCAAGGACACCGGAGAGGCGACGUGACAACGCUGCUCCCUCUCCUUCUCCAUCACCGGCCCGCGCGGUUAUCAGAUCUCCUGUCCCUGCUGUAAGCCCAGCUCAGGUAAUUCGCGACGCCAGCAGUCCAUAUCAAGCCUUGCUUGUUCAAACUGUUAAUGUCGCGCGAAUUUCGACGUUCCCGGAUAAGAACGCAGUUUUUGACAUGACUGCAAUUUCACAAAGUCUUGCAGAGAGCACAGCUCGGGCAGGACUCUUCAGAUUUUAUGCUGGAGACCAGACAGAGUGGCAACGAAUGGUAGGUGCCGCUGGGGAGUUAUAUGUCUUCGAGUUGCUUUCCUCUAUUCCACAUGCCCUCCCCGAAUGGUCUCGAGAUAACUGGCAAAGUACUGUCAGACACCAUGCCAGUAUACACCCUGACUACAGCUCUCUUGGUAGUUGGUACGGAACAGAGCAAGGGGACUUGUUUUAUGAUGACUUGGCAGGAACAUUCACCAGCUACUUGAUCGAAAACGGUUAUCUCGAGGAGAGCUGGAGAAAAGAGCGACCAGAGUACUACAUCGAAGUCAAGACCACAACAUCCGGCCGCCUCGACACGCCAUUCUAUAUGAGUAAACACCAAUACGCACGGAUGCAGUCAUUUGGUAAUAGCGAGAAUACUGCCACGCAACGUCGGAAGGUCUAUAUCCUAUUUCGCGUCCACGGCUUAGAGUCGGGCCAAGUUGGUUUGAGGAUAUUCAUAGAUCUGGAAGCUUUGCGUAAGAGUGGAGAUCUAGUGUUUGAGGCGCAGAGUUGGACAGUCACGCCAAGAGUGGGAUGUUAG